UGAUGUAGAUGAUGAAAUCGUAUCUUUAACCUCGAAAAAACGUUCACCUUUUACUGUAUUAUGGAGAGUAUUUUAUCAUUCCAGCAAGGUCCCUUGAUUGCAGAUGUCGCUGUUAACGUAUUUUCGUAUUUAAGUGUUCCAGAGAAGCAAAGAGUCGCUCAGGUUUGUCGCUACUGGAGAGAUAUGUUAUACCUGCCAUUGUUUUGGAAAGACGUGAUUAUCAUUUUACCUCUAAACUCUUCAGAAAGUCUUUUCGAAAGCUUACGUAGACGUAAAAUAACUCGAGUGCAUUGUACUCGAGCUACAGAACAAGAAUUAGACUGGCUAUUUGAGAAAGUUCCGGAUUUAACUCACCUUUUCUUUCGAGGUUGUCCUCAGGUGAGCGAAGGGUUUCUGCAGAGAAAAAUACCAACGUUGCCAAGUCUUCAGCAUUUAUUUUUUCGAGAUUGCAAGCAAGUCACAGAUAAACUCACCAAAGACCAUUUAUUCGUGUCUUCUUUGAGAAACCUAAAGAGUUUGUCGUUGAAAAGCUGUAGUAGAAUUUAUUUUGCAGGGUUUAGAAGGCUUACUGAAUAUCUACAUAACCUCGAAUUCCUCGAUUUAACGAACUGUGGAAAUUUGGACAAUCACUGUUUGAAGAUUCUUUCUAAUUCUUGUCCUAAUCUUACUUGUUUGCUACUGGAUGGAUGCGAAUGGGUCUCUAUGACUGGAUUAAAACACAUUAGCCAGCUCAAGAAUCUCAAAAAGUUGAAUCUUAGGGACUGUAGGGACCUUGAUGAUGAAGAAGUGCAUUCCUUAUCUUCAAGGCUACCAAACCUGGAACUAUUUGACAUAAGAGAAGUCCCCUUUGUUGGCAAUGAAACAGUGCGAGAGAUCGCGAGAGAGCUUCCUAAACUCAAACAUUUUGCUUUCGGUGGUAAUGACUUGGAGUUCUUCGAUCAUAUUACUGACUUGGAACACACAUUUAGCGAAGUAGCUAAACUUAAAGAUUUGGAAUGUAUAAAGAUGGAUGUGGAGAGCUUCCUCGGGGGGAUAACUGAUUCUUGCCUUGUCAAGUUUGAGGAAGAGCUGCCGAACUUGAAAAAAUUAGAUAUGGGCUCACUGGAAAGUUUCAGCAUCCAAACUGCAAGAUCAUUGGCGUCAAAAGUGCCAAAUAUUGAAUCACUCACAGUCAUCACCUAUAAUGAAGUGAUGCCGUUUGAAGGGCUGGUCUGGUUUUGCUCACAACUGAAGAAUUUAAGGAUUCUAGAAUUUGAUAUUUGUGAAUUGACUCACGUUGCCCUUAACAAUUUGGUGAAAAAUCUAGGGCAGUUGAAAUCAUUGUCUCUGUCAGCGAAGAAACUGACUGACUACAGCAUGAGAAGCAUUUCCAAGCAUCUCAAGGAACUGACGAGCUUAGAUUUGGACGAUUGUAGCAAGAUUACUAACACAGGCAUAAGAUACCUUGCAAAAGGAAUGCCGCAGUUGCAGGAGUUAUUCAUUUGUGACUGUGACCAUAUUACAAAUGAAG